UGUUUAUGUCCAAUCAGAGGCCGGGAUCUGCUGCACAGCACUGAGCUCACUGAUGUGAUUUACUCUGGAGAGAAAUUGACUUUAUUGGACGCGGGACAUCAGGACACACAAGAAAGGUGAGAUGGAGGGGUUGAGGGCAGCGAUUGUGCUGUUUGUGGUGGCAGCGUACACAACCUGUAAACCUAUGGACUGGCCCCAUCACAUAUGCGCUAUUACCGACAGCCAGGAGUCCGCAGAGUCCAACGAGUCGAGUGAGGAGGGGCUGGCUCUGUCCCAAUCCACCCCACAGCCCAUGCUCCUGAGUACGGCGGCGCCGGACAGCGUGGAGGAGCCGGAGGUCAGGUCCGAGGGGCCGGAGGUCAUCCACAACACCACAACCAAUCAGCCGGCUCCGCCACUCGCUGACCCCACCACAUUCGCCCCGGUUAUCAACGACCUCACCACACCCCCACCCCUUAUCCCAGAUGCCACACCGGGUCCUGCAGGGCCGACGGACCCCAGCGCAGGAAUGCCGAACCCCCCGGCCGUGACCACACCCCUGCAAUACACCACCCCCCCAAUCACCACCCGUCCCCAGAGCCGCGGAGACGACAUCUAA